AUGGGACAAAAAAUAAAUCCACUUGGUUUUAGACUUGGUACAACCCAAAAGCACCAUUCCCUUUGGUUUGCACAACCAAAAAGUUAUUCUGAGGGUCUACAGGAAGAUCAAAAAAUACGGGAUUGUAUCAAGAAUUAUGUACAAAAAAAUAUGAGAAUAUCUUCGGGUGUAGAGGGAAUUGCGCGUAUAGAGAUUAAAAAAAGAAUCGACCUGGUCCAAGUCAUAAUCUAUAUGGGAUUUCCAAAAUGGUUAAUAGAGGGUAAACCGAGAGGAAUUGAAGAAUUACAGAUCAAUGUACAAAAAGGUUUUAAUUCUGUGAACCGAAAACUCAACAUUGCUAUUACACGAAUUGCAAAACCCUAUGGAGACCCUAAUAUUCUUGCGGAAUUUAUAGCUGGGCAAUUAAAAAAUAGAGUUUCAUUUCGAAAGGCAAUGAAAAAAGCUAUUGAAUUAACUGAGCAAGCAGAUACAAAAGGAAUUCAAGUACAAAUUGCAGGACGUAUUGACGGAAAAGAAAUAGCACGUGUCGAAUGGAUCAGAGAAGGUAGGGUUCCCCUACAAACCAUUCGAGCUAAAAUUGAUUAUUGUUCGUAUACAGUUCGGACUAUUUAUGGGGUAUUAGGCAUAAAAAUUUGGAUAUUUGCAGACGAGAAAUAA